CGAAUCAAACGGUUGGCCAAGAAUGAGAGAUUUCAUCAUCCUUGGUUCCUCCAUUGUCACCCCUCCUCCUCCUCCUCCAAACUCACAACCAUCAUCAUCAUCCACUCCACCACAACGCCACACCAUCAAACCCCACAAAUCCUCUCUUCCAAAGCUCACACCUUUACCCUCUCCUCCUUCCUCUCCCUCUUCCCCAUGGAACAUUUCUCGCACCCUCGAUUCCCCACUCAGCCCCAACCACUACGCUCGCGUCGCCUCCAAGCUUGCCCAAGACAUCGAAAUGGUUCUACAGGAGGACCCAGUUGAUUCUGGGGUUAACGUUGAGCUCCUUGCCAAGUUGGUCGUACUGGGUAUCCGAGGCAGGAACGUUUGGACUGUCAUUGACACUUUGAAGAAAGUUCAGGGCCUUGAGAUUUCACUGUCUGCGCAUCUUAAUGCCUCUGCCAUGGAUGUCAUUGCCGCCGAGUGUCGCCGAAUGGUCAUGUCUGGCCACAUUGCUGAAGCUGUUGAAUUGAUGGAGGUUCUCGCACGUUUCCAGUUACCAAUCAGAGAACUUGUUCAGCCAUCUGACAUGAUAAAAAGAUGUGUGCUUAGUCGUAAUCCAAAAUUAGCUGUGAGUAUAACAUCUUUCAGGUAUGCAUCUCUUCUUCCACACGCACAUAUAUUGUUUUGCAACAUUAUAUCUGAAUUUGGCAAAAGGAGGGAUCUGAUUUCUGCUCUCGAAGCAUAUGAUGCUUUGAAGAAGCACUUGGAUGGUCCUAAUAUGUACAUAUACCGGGCAAUAAUUGACGCUUGUGGUCUCUGUGGCGAUUUCAUGAAAUCUAGGUACAUAUAUGAGGAUUUGCUGAAUCAGAAAAUCACUCCAAAUAUAUAUGUGUUCAACAGUCUCAUGAACGUGAAUUCCCGUGAUCUUACCUACACAUUAAAUAUAUACCAAAUUAUGCAGAAUCUUGGUCUGAAACCAGAUAUGACAUCUUACAACAUCCUACUGAAAGCAUGCUGUGUUGCUGGAAGAGUUGACCUGGCCCAAGACAUGUAUAAGGAACUUAAGCAUUUGGAAUCAGUGGGACGGCUGAAAUUAGAUGUUUUUACCUACAGCACAAUUAUAAAGGUCUUUGCAGAUGCGAAAUUGUGGCAAAUGGCUCUAAAAGUCAAGCAUGACAUGCGGUCUGCUGGUGUUAAUCUUAAUACUGUCGCAUGGUCAUCAUUAAUCAAUGCCUGUGCACAUGCAGGGCUUGUAGAGCAGGCAAUUCAAUUGUUUGAAGAAAUGCUUUUGGCUGGCUGUGAACCUAAUACGCAGUGUUUCAACAUCAUUUUACAUGCAUGUGUUGAAGCUUGCCAGUACGACAGGGCUUUUCGGUUUUUCCAUUCUUGGAAGGGAAAUAAGAUGUUGGGAUCAUUUGGUGAAGGCUACAAUAGCAAUUUAAAGCAAGGAUCUAUACAUAAUGCUACUACCGUGCCAAAUGGCUUUUCUAAUUCACAGAUCUUGAGUUUCACCGAGAGGUUCCCAUUCACCCCAACUACAUCAACAUACAAUACUUUACUGAAGGCUUGUGGUUCUGAUUACUACCAUGCAAAAGCAUUGAUCAACGAGAUGAAAACAGUAGGUCUUUCCCCUAAUCAAAUAACCUGGUCGAUUUUGAUAGAUAUAUGCGGAGGAACAGAAAAUGUGGAGGGCGCCAUUGAGAUUUUGAAAAGCAUGGGUGAUGCUGGAAUUAAACCUGAUGUUAUUGCAUAUACAACCGCCAUUAAGGUUUGUGUUGAAAGUAAGAACUUUAAGCAAGCAUUAACAUUAUACGAAGAAAUGAAAAGCUGUGAAAUACAUCCAAAUUGGGUGACAUAUAACACACUUCUGAAGGCACGCAGUAAAUAUGGCUCUGUACUUGAGGUGCAACAAUGCUUAGCUAUAUAUCAGGAUAUGCAAAAAGCAGGGUACAAACCCAAUGACUACUAUCUGGAAGAACUGAUUGAGGAGUGGUGUGAAGGAGUGAUACAAGAUAACAGAGAGUACCAAGCAGAAUUUUCUUCCAUCAAGAAAUCUGAAUUAGAGAGACCUCAAAGUUUACUUCUUGAAAAAAUUGCAGCACACCUUCUAAAAAGGGUAGCUGACAUCUUAGCAAUUGAUGUUCAAGGGCUCACAAAGGUUGAAGCUCGUCUGGUUAUUCUUGCAGUUCUUCGAAUGAUCAAAGAGAAUUAUGCAUUUGGGCAUUCAGUGAAUGAUGACAUCUUGAUCAUCAUAGGAGCUACCAAAGCUGACGGAAGUCCAGCCAAAGAGUUACUAGAAGUGCAAGGGACGAUAAUAAAACUUCUUAGGAAUGAAUUGGGGCUUGAGGUUCUUCCAGCCAGAACCAGAUUUGCACCUAGUGAUACACCAAAGUUCGAGAGCCCCAACCUUUCAAAUCUCAGCAUAGAAGCACUGCCAGGAGAGAAGGCCUUAGCCACAACAAUGGGGUAUCAGACAAGGAGACCUGCAGUUCUACAAAGGUUGAAGGUCACCAAAAAAUCAUUAUUCAGUUGGUUGCAGAGGAAAACAAGCGAUAAAUAACAUUUGAUGGCCUCUUGAUUGCAUAGAUUAGAGCUUAUAGGAGUUAUUUACAAAUGUCAUAUAUAUGAUGUCAUUUCCCCUCUCCCAGCAGCUUCUUCGACCUGUAUAUUUGCUUCUGGAUAUAGCUGCAUAUCUAUCUGCACCCAAAGUAUAAGCUGUAACACUAUGAAUGAUACCCAGUACCAUGCAAUGAAAAAAUCUAUUUUCUCUUA